ACACUUUCAUCGCGUAGUAUUCAUUAGUUUCGCGUAAAACAUAUGCAAUUUUGUCUAAAAUACUCUUUUGAGCCAGAAAACACGAUCAUCUAUCGACGGGACUACUGAUUGCUUUGAAAGCACUAAAUCUUGCCUUAAUUUCAUUGCGGUAAGAAAGAACGCUUCGGCAGAAAAUCUAAACAUGGUUUGGUUAGAAUCUUUCUGGUCACCCUGCAUUUGGACGAAUUCCGUGAAAUCAGGCAGCUAUGCAGUAGCUGCCUACACGGUAGCCAUGAGCAUCGUGUUGAUUACAAUGACGUCGUAUAACAUGGUGGGUGGCGAUUCUUCACAACUCUACUCGCCACUGUUUGAAACGGAUAUUCGCGACUCCAUGCAGGUUGUUGGAGGGUUCUUCAUUUUUUACUUCAUCCUGCUGAUCCUCUCCGCCGGAGGCAUUUGUUAUUCGCUGAGAACUACCACUCGCGGCUGGAUGCUACCAUGGCUUGCCUUGUUUGGCAUUGCCAUUCUGUUUCAAUUUGUUUUCGGCCUUUGGUUGAUUGGUGGAUACUACAUUUAUCUGCAACAAACACUCUCCAGUUUGAUUCUUUGGAUCUGGAUGAUCUAUAAUAUCUACUGCUGGAUGUGCGUGUACUCUCAAUACCAAAUAUUUGUCAAACUUCAGUCACCGAACAUCGAAAUGCUGAUGCCUUGAAGUGUGCACCUUACUCCAACUGAAUCUUCUCAAAAGAUUCCAUUAUUAGAGUAUUUUUCUAUCCAGUAAUCGAAAGUAUUUUACGUUAUUCGUAGUACGUAGUUUUGUUCUGUCUCGACAAAGUAUGAUUAGUAAUGACGAAUACCAUAUCAGAGUUUUUCACAUCGGCCUACCAUUCCAUAUCAAGACAGUACAAAUGAUUUGCAAUUAAUUUUCUCGAAUCUCUUAAAUAUUUCAUACAAUAUUAGUAAUGUACGUGUAGUAUUCUGACUGAGAAAACAAAACUAUUCCGUCCGUGUAACGAAGAAUCUGAACAUUUUACAUUAAAUAAACGAUUUUACCUAGAAAAUAAAUGAAAUUUCAUUUACGUAUAAA